ACUGUUUUGGUGAAGGACCACGAGGUGUCUGUGAACGGUUGGUCUCGACAGUUCCGGCGGGAGAACGCGCCAUUGAAGUCCUCGUUUUCGUCUUCUGAGAUGCACCGACAGAAUUUCCGACCCCCGACUCCUCCUUGCCCCAGCCCGGGUGUAGGAGGUUGGGGAAGCGGGAGCAGCUUCCGGGGUACCCCGGGCGGAGGCGGAGCGCGGCCGCCAUCCCCGCGGGACGGGUACGGGAGUCCACACCACACGCCGCCGUACGGGCCCAGGUCUAGGCCCUAUGGGAGCAGCCACUCUCCGCGACACGGCGGCAGCUUCCCUGGGGGCCGGUUCGGGUCUCCGUCCCCUGGCGGCUACCCUGGCAACUACUCCAAGUCCCCCGCGGGGUCCCAGCAGCAAUUCGGCUACUCCCCAGGGCAGCAGCAGACCCACCCCCAGGGUUCUCCAAGGACAUCUACACCAUUUGGAUCAGGGCGUGGUAGAGAAAAGAGAAUGUCUAAUGAGUUGGAAAGUUAUUUCAAGCCUUCAAUGCUUGAAGACCCUUGGGCUGGCCUAGAACCAGUAUCUGUAGUGGAUAUAAGCCAACAAUACAGCAAUACUCAAACAUUCACAGGCAAAAAAGGAAGAUACUUUUGUUAACAUUUCUGAAAUUCAACUGGAAGCUUCAUUUGUCAGGAACAUCUUGGACAAAACUUUUGUUUGUAAUUAAGUUGAACCCUAACGUGGUGACUUUGAAUAAUUAGUUGUGUCUUCCUUCAUCAUAUCAAGUAUUUUUGGUGUUAGAGAAGACAUAUGGUAGGAUAAUUUGCAAUAUUUAGCUCUCUGGAAGUGCCUACCAAUUUUAGAAGAUUGACAGUUUCCAAAUACUUAACAUUCUUGGUUAUAUAAUGGACAUUUGUCUUUUAAUGUUUUUCCAAUGUUUCAAAAUAAAACGUUUUGUCUUUCUAGCUAUAUUGUGCUUUGUCAUAUGCCAAAGAAUUAUUAAAAUAAUGCUUUGUAAUCACAUAGUUAGAAUUCGUAAGUAUAUAUUUUGCAUACUACUUUUGAAAAUGAAAUAGACUGUCCUUUGUCCUGUAGACAGUUCUUUAUUUGUUCAUAGGGAAAGGGGGUAAAGGAAAAGAAUAAAGGAGAUUUCUAUUCAUAUUAUAACCAUUGUUCUGCAUGCAUAUUUUAUGUAAUGCUUUUGUAAAAAUGCAUUGAAACUUGAUUGAAAGUUACAGAAACCCGCUUAAGCUUAAAUUAAAAAAAAUAUUCAUACCCUUUAUACUUAUUUAACUGCAGAGGACAAGGAUAGACCUACUUCUUGCAUAGCUAUAUUAAAGAAUUCUGCAUCUGAAUUUCUCUACUCCACAUCUCUCAGUAUUGUGGAGUCAUUUUCUCUUGAGGCCCAGGAAGAUGGCUACCAGCAGUCUUAAGUCACUUCCAUUGUGAAGAGAACAUUUCCCAGCUCUGUCAAUCUCAGUGAAGACAGAUUGGCCAUGCUUAGGUCAAAUUUUAGAGUCUUAAUCCAAUAACUAUGAUCAAGGCAGUGUGGCAUGAUUAGCUUGGACAUGGAUUCACCCCUACAAUGAGGCAGGGUCCCAUGGUCUUCAGCCCCACCAGGCCUCCCUGGACUAAAGAAAGGCUUUCCAAAGGAAGGAAUACUACGUACCUAUACCUACAGUAAUGGGGAGAAAAAUGAAAAUGUUGGGGAUUUUCAUUUUCCCCAACUAUUUAAACAAAAUCAAGUCUUAUAACAUUCAGGCUUUUUAGAUAUUUUAGGGUCACAGUGUAUGAUGAAAGUAUAGCUAAAAUUUUAUUUAAACAUUCCCAGAAAGAAAGCUUUAAAAGUGAAAAGGUUACACCACCUAUUUGAGCCAUAACCACUUCUAUUUGUAUGUUAGGUCUUUUCACAGAGGCAAAACAAAAUGAGAAGGGAAGGAUUUUAGAUUAAUAAAAGCUCCAUGACACCCAGGACUACUACUACCAGUUACUAGCUUGGUGAAUUAUUUAACUUCUCUGUGCCUCAAUUUUCUUAUAUGUAAAAUGAAAAACUUAACAGUACCCAUGUCAUAGAGGUGUUGUGUUUGAGGAUUAAAUGGGUUUACAUGUGUGAAAACUCUUAGGCCAGAGCCUGGCACAUAGUAAGCCCUCUAAAUGGUAGCUGUUACUUUCUCACUUACCCCUAUAUCCUCAGCUCUUAGAAUGAUGCCUGGAAAAUAGUAGGUGCUUAAUAAAUAUUUGGUGAGUGGAUGCAGACAUUCUGAUUAUAACUACUAUAUUGCUCUGCCUUUAUCUCCUAUAUAUAAAGAGAAUAGUAAUUUUUCCCCCAGUGUUCUAAAGGGAAUGUCCUUAUUUUCUAACGUCUUUCUAGAUGAUUUGAGGUCAUGAUGUAUGAUGAAAAUUAGAGCAAUACUUUUGCAUACCUUUUAUUGAACUUAAUAGGUAAGAAAUAUUAUCUCUAGGAAGUGACAUUUAGAAAUAAUCAUUAAGCCAUUGCUUGGAGAUCACUGGAUUAUUGGCAAAAAUAAAGGAAGUCAGGAAAGGU